AUGCCUUCGACGGUGGCCGUGUUGAAAGCUCUAUGUUUUAUUAUUGGUUUGCAUCAAGUGUGGGGCGGCUGCGACAAUGUGACGUCAUUCACGAUGCGAGUGGACACGCUGCUGGCGGAGUACGACCGCUCUAACCCUCCCGCUGCGCCCCUCAAGGUGUUCGCGUCACUCCAAGUGAGACACGCCAACAUAUACGAGGACACCGCCUCUGUGCGACUACUGGCUAAUUUACAGUUGAAUUGGAACGAUUCCCGUUUAGCGUGGAACACCACCGACUGGGGGUGCGACAAGGCGCUGGUGACGUCAGAGCGGCUGUGGCUGCCGGACGUGGCACUGCUGAGCGCCGCCACCAGCAGCAGUGACCCCGCAGACACCACGCUCAAGGCCCGCAUCACCGGCGCCGGCCAGGUCAGCUGGGUCACGCGCCUCGACGUCAACGCGCCGCUGUCCAUGGACCUCUACAAGUGGCCGGCCGACGAGCACGAAAUUAUCGUCAAAUUCGGUUCCCGAGGACACUCGAUUGACGAGAUGGAUGUGGUGUUGAGAGACGAAAAGUCGAGCGCGCUGAUGUUCGAAUCGAGCUCCUGGGAAGCGGUGUCGGUGAACUGCUCGGAGGACCGGCAGGAGGUCGAGGGGGUGGUGCGGGGGGUGGUGUCGUACACCGUGCGCCUGCGCCGGACGGGCCACGCGCACGGCCUGGCGCUGGCCGCAGUGCUGGCCACCACGACGCUGCUGCUGCUCGCCGCCGCCAUGAUGCCACCCGACUCCCGCCCCGCGCUAUGUGCCGCCGCUGCCUUCACUUCCGCCUUGUGGCUAAUAUCGUCGGCGCCGAAGUUGUCUGUGUCAGCGCGUGUGCCGUUGCCACUGUCCCUGGUGUGCGUGCAGUGCGUGUGCGCGUGCGCGUGCGCGGCGGCGGCGGCGCUCGUGCUGCGGGUGUCGCGCUGCUCCGCGCCGCCGCCGCCACCGCUACGCGCGCUGCUGACCGCCACGUCGCAGCUCUGUCGGCUUACAACCACCGAGAGCGUCGAGGGUCAGAGCACGGCGUGGGCGGCGGCGGCGCGGCUGCUGGACCGCACGCUGCUGCUGCUGGUGCUGCUCACCGUCUUUAUCGUACACUGCAUUCAUUUGUUCCAUUAACGUCUCGCUUUCACUUGUAAAUAUUUGUUUAUAUUAGGUCUGUCAGAAGAGGAACUCACCGCAAUCGAAAAUUGUAAUUUAAGAUAUCAGUCAUUAUGUAGUUGCAAUAAAAUAAAGGAUUAAAUCAUUUUUAUAU